UCAUUUCCAUAAACAACUCCCUGCAUUUCCAAGUUUCAUAUCCUACAAAACCCAAGUCCUCAAUUUUCUUUUCACUCAUAUCAGAAAAAGAAAAACUAAGAAACAUGGCUGAGAAGGCUUAUCCUGCAGCCCCGGCAAACCAUGGUUACCAAAGAAGUGACGCAGAGUCUUUGGAAAAUGCGGAUGAGCUGAAACGCAAGAAGAAAAUCAAAUUGGCCAUAUACAUUAGUAUUUUUGUUGUGUUUCAGAUCAUAGUUAUCACCACAAUGAGUCUCACUGUCAUGAAAGUGAAAACCCCCAGGUUCAGGCUAGGCAACAUCAAUGUCGAAAGCUUCGUAUCUGACCCGGCAGCGCCUUCAUUCGACACGAAAUUCACAACCCAAAUCAAGAUCAAGAACUCAGCCAACUGGGGUUCCUACAAGUUCAAUGCUGCCAAUAUCACGUUUCAACACCAAGGCGCGACUCUGGCAGUAAUUGAUAUCGCAAAGGGCAAGGCUGGAUGGCUUUCGACCAUAAAAAGAAAUGCGGAGGUGAGUUUGAAGUCAAGUGCAACAAAUGUUUCAAACUUGGGAAGUGAAUUGAACAGCGGGGUGUUGACGCUCAACAGCGUAGGAAGAUUGAACGGAAAGGUUGCAAUUAUGUUCAUCAUGAAGAAGAAGAAGGCCGCCAACAUGAACUGCACCAUAGCUUUUGAUGUAGCAGCCAAGACCCUCAAAUCUUUACACUGCAAGUGAAGAUAGACUAGUUAUUUUGUAGACUGUACCUUUGCGACAGGCCAUAUCUUUAUAAUGAUGUGGAUUUUGGAUUGAUGAAUACUUGUUCUUUGAUUGUUUCUCUUCAUUGAUGUUAUUUGUUUCCAUAUCUAUGAGUGACACUUGUAUUUAUUGUAGAAUUAUAAUGUUACUUUUACUUUUUUUAA